AUGGAGGAAGAAGGAAAUCCUGAGAGAAGCCAAAACAUGCAAGAAGUGACACAGGGACACAGCCUGAAGGAUGGCUUGGGGUAUUCCUUUUACCAGAAGAGGAUUCUUCAGCCUCUCACCAAGGCGAGAAGUUUCUUUGAAAGACACGCUCCUUUAUUCAGGAAGAUCUUGCUUGGUCUCUUGUGUUUAGCUUAUGCUGCCUACUUCCUGGCAGCUUGCAUCUUGGACUUCCAGAGGGCUCUGGCAUUAUUUGUCAUCACUUGCCUUGUAACCUUCAUUCUGGCCGGCCACUUUCUGAGAAAAAAAUUUGCUGAAAACCUAACAGGAUGUCUGAAGCCCUUGAAAAAUGCCCGCCUGAGACUUUGGGUAAAGUGGGUGUUCACAGCAGCUGCUGUGCUUGGCCUUAUCCUGUGGCUGGUCCUCGACACAGCUCAAAGGCCAGAGCAGCUCAUCUCCUUUGCAGGAAUAUGUAUGUUCAUCCUCAUCCUCUUUGCCUGCUCCAAACACCACAGUGCGGUGUGCUGGAGGACAGUGUUUUGGGGCCUGGGCCUUCAGUUUGUCUUUGGGAUUUUGGUCAUCAGAACUGAACCUGGAUUUAAUGCAUUUCAGUGGUUGGGAGAUCAGAUCCAGAUUUUCCUGGGUUAUACUGUGGAAGGCUCCAGUUUUGUUUUUGGUGAUACACUGGUCCAAAACGUUUUUGCUUUUCAGUCUCUGCCAAUCAUCAUUUUCUUUGGAUGUGUGAUGUCUAUUCUCUACUACCUGGGCCUUGUGCAGUGGGUGGUUCAGAAGAUUGCCUGGUUUCUGCAAAUCACCAUGGGUACCACUGCUGCAGAGACCCUGGCUGUGGCAGGAAACAUCUUUGUGGGGAUGACAGAGGCACCUCUGCUCAUCCGUCCCUACCUUGCAGACAUGACCCUCUCUGAAAUCCAUGCUGUGAUGACUGGAGGUUUCGCUACCAUUGCAGGCACUGUCCUGGGAGCCUUCAUAUCCUUUGGGAUUGAUGCAUCAUCCUUGAUUUCUGCCUCAGUGAUGGCUGCCCCUUGUGCACUUGCCUUGUCCAAACUGGUGUAUCCAGAAGUAGAAGAACCUAAGUUCAAGAGCAAGGAAGGAGUGAAACUGCCUCGUGGGGAAGAGAGGAAUAUCCUGGAAGCUGCCAGCAAUGGAGCCACAGAUGCCAUAGGCCUCGUCGCUAAUGUUGCAGCCAACCUGAUUGCCUUUCUGGCUGUGUUGGCCUUCAUCAAUGCUACGCUGUCCUGGCUUGGAGAAAUGGUGGAUAUACACGGACUCACUUUCCAGGUCAUCUGCUCCUAUGUCCUAAUGCCCAUGGUUUUCAUGAUGGGUGUACAGUGGGCGGACUGUCCACUGGUGGCUGAGAUAGUGGGCGUCAAAUUCUUCAUCAACGAAUUUGUGGCCUAUCAACAACUGUCUCAGUACAAGAACAAACGUCUCUCCGGAGUAGAAGAGUGGAUCAAUGGGGAGAAACAGUGGAUUUCUGUGAAAGCUGAAAUUAUUGCAACAUUUUCACUCUGUGGAUUUGCCAAUCUUAGUUCCAUAGGAAUCACACUGGGAGGCUUGACAUCGAUUAUACCCCAGCGGAAGAGCGACUUGUGCAAGCUAGUGGUCAGGGCCCUCUUCACCGGUGCCUGCGUCUCCUUUAUCAGUGCCUGUAUGGCAGGGAUCCUCUAUGUUCCCAGGGGCGCUGAAACUGACUGCGUCUCAUUCCUAAACACAAGCUUCACCAACAGAACCUAUGAGACCUACGUGUGCUGCAGAGAGCUUUUCCAGAGCAUUUCUCUGAACGACACCAACCUGUCUUCCUUCUCAGGCCCCUGGGCAGACAAGGAGUUCAGCACCUGGAGUCUUGCUAACUGCUGUGACCUCUAUAACAACACUGUGUGUGCAUGAGGCUGGUGGGGCCAUUUUGCCAAACACAUUUUCCAUUCUACAAGAACCACACUAAAAUCCACAAAGCAAAA